AUGGACUCCGGACUAGGUAUCCCUUUUGCCUCCAAAACCCUUUCCACUGCCCUCCUACCCUCUUCGAAACUGCCUCACUCAUCCUAUCGUUCGUAUUAUGGCCUCCACAACUCAUCUUGGCGCCUCAGACCGCAUCCUUUUGGACAUACCUUGCCGGGUCUGCAAGGACCACUCAUCGGGCAAGCAUUACGGCAUCUACGCUUGCGACGGGUAAGUGCCGGACACACGGUGUCUCUCAGAACAGUUUCUCUCUUCUCUUUUCUUCAAUUGGGAGUGUCGGCGAAUAGGGGUCGAGAAGAGGCAACCUGCAGACCGUUUCGUGAUGCCGACCUUCACACUCUUGUCUGGAAGAGGUUGCUUGGCCUGCCUCACCAGAAGGCGACAGUAAAGUAUGAAGAGAAGAUGGGUCUCGAAGAUUCCCUUAAAUUUUUCGUCUAUAAGUAG